AUGGCCACCUCGAAGUUUCUCCAAGAUCUGGUCCGGAACAGGCCUCCUCUGACGCCGGAUGACUAUCUCGAAGCGCGCCUGGCCGCCUCGUUGGCCGCCGACCAGGAUCACGGGUUCGUCGAAUUGCUGGUCGAGACGAGGCAGGAGUCAGAGCCAUUUGUGCAUGGCAGUGACUCGACGUAUGGCUCCUUCCCAGAGCAAGUAACUAGAUCACCAGCAGGCAGCUCGCCCGCGCCCUCAGUAUUGCCGCUGAUGGUUAUAUAUGACAAGGCUGGCCUCAGGCGGCGGUUGAUGCGGAAUUCAAUCAGCCCUCUCAGCAUUCACCACGAGCUACUGAUAUGCUUGGUGGAGACAUGUCAUAUCUCGCUUCGACUGCUCGACUUUAUCAUCUGCUUCGGACCCAAGAACGGCGAAACACGCCUGACACCGCCGUCGAUAUGGGCGUCGCCAACAGUGUACGCUGCAGAGGGCAACGAAGACGAUGCGUUACAAGACUUUGAAUCGGCCUAUAUCGUGCGGUUUCCUGAGCUGCACCACCGCUCCGAGUCUACCCCGUGGUCGAUGAGGCAGUUCCUGAUCUACCAUCGGCUUCCACACAACCGUGGUGCUGGCACGGUCAUCUUUGCCGGCAUUGGAAAGGUUGCUGAGAAGGCUCUGGAAGACUAUUUGAUGAGCUACGGGAACCCGAGGUGGCUGAACGCCUGGGAGAUUCAUUUUGUGCUCCUCAGCUGUGUCGUAACGACAUGGCGUCCUUAUCUCGCCUAUCUGAGUGAAGAGAUCACGACUCAGGCGGACGGCGCGAUUGUGGCCGACCUCGACGGAGAAGAAGUCGAACUUUCCCACUUCGACGAGCGACAAUACCUGAAACAGCUCGAGGAUGCCGUGGAGGAAGCCAUCUCUCUACUGAUUCAUAUCCGGGACACGGCCGAAACGAUGCGAGCAAUGAUGCGGAGGCACCGGAAGUAUACGGCAGAAUCUACUGCGUUGAAGGGCCACGCUAUCCUUGAUCGUGGAUUUCAGGACAUGGUCCGGAAUUUAGAGCAUUACGAGGCGCAAGCAAAGACAUUGCAGCGCAAGGUCCGCAGUGCUUCUGACCUGGUCUCCAGCAUUCUGGACCUGAGCAACAGCACCGCCUUGAAGAAUCUGGCAGUCGCAUCUGCCCAGGAAAACGCGGGGAUGCACGAGCUGACCAAGAAGGCCACACAGGAUGCGGCCGCGGUCAAGGUGCUCACGAUCUUGACUCUGAUAUACCUGCCAGCCACAGUCAUCUCGAACUUCUUCUCGACCUCGUUUGUCAACAUGGCCACGAGGUCGGAUGGCAGCUCAUUUGUAGUGGUUGCGAGUAACUGGUGGAUCCUAGUUGCGACUGCGGUACCACUCACCGGCAUCACCAUCUAUGUAUGGAAGUUCUAUGUCCAAAAGGAGAUCGACGGACAGUACCCGACCUGGUGGCAGGUGGUGUGCAGACAGUCCACGAGGGUGCUGAGGACGGCCUCGCGCCCUCGACGUCAGAGGGAUGACGGCACAUGGCGCCUUGAGUGA